UGAAGGUAAACUGGGUGUGUUACUUCACUCAGGAAUUCCAAACCAAGACUGAACCCGUGUGAGCGGAGCUGCGCCACUGCUGUCAUGCUGCGCUUCAUCUCUCCAGCUUCCACCUCCAGCUACUGAGACCCAGAGAAGAUCCAGGAGGAGGACGCGGCCUCGUCUGCUCAGUGGACGGGAUGUUGGGGACCAUCUGCGAUUGGUUCUGGUGGGACCGCCUGUGGUUGCCCGGUAACCUGACAUGGCCGGAUCUGGAGGACAGCAACGGGCGUGUCUACGCCCGCUCGUCUCACCUGUACGUAACGCUGCCGUACUCCAUCGUCUUCCUCAUCGUCCGCUACCUGUUCGAAAGGUUUGUGGCGACGCCGUUCGCAGCGACUCUGGGUGUGAGAGAGAAGAACAGACUGAAGGUGGAACAGAAUCCCGUCCUGGAACUUUACUUCAGCUCUCAGUGUAAAACCCCGGGACAGGCAGAAAUUCAGGGCCUGUCGAAAAAAUGCAGCUGGUCCAGCAGACAGGUGGAGCGAUGGUUCAGGAGGAGGCGCAACCAGGAGCGUCCAGGAGUCCUAAAGAAGUUCAGAGAGGCCAGCUGGAGGUUCGUCUUCUACCUGGGCUCCUUGAUUGGUGGAUUGGUGGCGCUGUAUGAUAAAUCCUGGUUUUAUGAUUUACGAGAGGUGUGGAACGGUUACCCAAAACAGUCGAUGCUGGAGUCUCAAUACUGGUACUACAUACUGGAGAUGAGCUUCUACUGGUCUCUUCUGUUCAGCAUCACAUUCGACGUGAAGCGGAAGGACUUUAAGGAGCAGAUCGUUCACCAUCUCGCCACGCUGUCUCUGCUGGCGUUCUCCUGGUGUGGGAACUACAUCCGAGCAGGAACCCUGGUCAUGCUGGUCCACGAUGCCGCUGAUGUCUUUUUGGAGUCCGCUAAGGUCUUUAAUUACGCUAAAUGGCAGAAAACCUGUGAUGGGAUCUUCACUCUCUUCGCCAUCGUCUUCAUGGUGACCAGGCUGGUGAUCUUUCCCUUCUGGAUCAUUCACUGUACGUGGGUGUACCCGCCCGACUACUACCCGGUGUUCUUCGGCUAUUACUUCCUGAACUCCAUGCUGAUCAUCCUCCUGAUGCUGCACAUCUUCUGGGCGUAUCUGAUCCUCCGCAUGGUGAAGCAGCUCCUCUUCAGCAGUUUAACAAAGGAUGAGAGGAGCGAUAAUGAAGAGGAGGACGACGAAGACGACGACAGCUCGACCGAGGACCGUGACGGACACCUGAAGGUCUCCAACGGCUGCGGGGCGAACGGUGGCACGAGCCACGGCUAACCGGUGGAACACUCGCACCCUUUCCCUGGAUUUUAAUUACAGAAGGAACCUGAAGUUUUUUUAUUGCCGUUAAUUGAAGUUUAUUAGGAGAGCAGAUCCAGAUCCAGACAUUCAGGUGUUCAGAACCUCGUCUGGCUGCAGACUCUCAAACGUCUGAUUGAGAAGGUGCCAAAAAUCUGACCAAGAACUCGUAUCUGUCCACGAUACAAACCCAACAUUCCCCUGUUCUGAAGCUCCGCUUCGGCUUCUUCAUCACGGCUGCACUCGUUUCAGAUAUCUCCUCCACGGCGGCUCCGGCACUCUUUAUCAUCGGCCUGCACAAGGGUGCAUGGAGAAUAAAGCUCAAACACUAUAUGGCCAUUCUUAUCCACCAUUAAGACACCCCUCCAUUAUCCCCCGUCUCUGUGCAGCACCAUCGAUCAGCCAGCAGAGGGCGUAACUGCAGCAGUGAUGAGUAAUCCCUACAACAGUCCCACCCUCAGAUGAGUCAAUCGUCGUCCGAUAGCAAAGCUAGGAUAUUGUUUUAUCAAUACAACGGAAAAAAUACGUCAAUUAACAUCAUCACCAAGCUACAACUGAUGAACGUCUUGGUCUGACCAGUAGGAUGUGAAACCUGGACACUGAAGAAAGUCUAACAAUGUUUACCUGUAAUCACUGUUCUCAUGGAAAUAUCACAAAUAAAUCUGUUUUUAUAAUUA